AUGCAAGGCGUUCAACAGGACCCCCCGUCCCAGUCGUGUGGAUCGGCCGAGACGUCGUCCACAGAAAAUCUGCGGAGCAGGCCAUCGAGAAGCCUUGACAACAAACGACCUGCAAAAACGGGUGUCAUUCUUUUUGAUACCUACAAACAUGAGGCUGGAGACCCCUCCUCCAGCUAUCGCAGGCUUACGUGGGCUCUGAAGCAGCAAGGCUUCCAAUGUAGGAUCAAUGACGUGUCUCUUACUGCUUCCGACCUUAAAGACGUGGGAGCCGUUGUUUUUGGUCAGCCCACGCAGCCCUUCACGGCAGCCGAGUUCGGUAUUUUGAAAGCAUUUUUUGAAGGCGGUGGAAGCUUGCUUUUUUUGAUGGGUGAGGGUGGGGAGACAAGGGCGGGCACGAAUGUCAACUACUUUCUGGAGGAGUACGGUAUGAGUGUUUGCGCAGACGCCGUCGUCCGUAUGACUGUUGCUUCGCCGGUCCACCUCCAUCCGAAGGAAGCACUCAUCGGGGAUGGUGUUUUAUGUCGCGAUGCCUUGAAUAAAGUUCUUGCACGAAAUAAGGGAACUGGGUAUCCGGGGUCAGCUCAGAAGGACAUCUUAGAGAACGGUCCAGCAGCAUGUCAGGUCCAGACGAGGACAAUACAACUCUUUGACGCGGAAAAUGAUAAUCACGCAGCCGAUAUCACCGAUACUGAGAAAACGCCGUUCAUUUUCCCAUAUGGGGCAACAGUUAGUGUACAGACACCAGCAUUUCCCUUCCUUUCCAGUGGCCUGACCGCGUAUCCUUCCAGGCGACCACUAGCAGCUGCCUAUGUACAUCCCAAAGGAGGUCGGCUUGUCGCCCUGGGAAGCUACCGUAUCUUCGAUGAUGAUUUCCUUGAGAAGGAGAACAAUCCUAAUCUGCAGGUGCUGGUCUUUCAGUGGCUCCUUGGCCACCAGGAAGGUGAUGACGCGCUACGACCGUCGAUUGAAGUGGAAGCUUCACUCGAGGCUUCUCAGCCUGUGCCGGAUACCACAAGCCUGUCAGAACGUCCACUGCCUUGCUUCUACGAUACUGAAGAAGCCCUGCCGUCGGAUUUCCGAAAGUUGUUUGAGGAAACGAAGUUUGCGCUAGAUACGUCACGUAUAGCGGAUGUCAAGCAACUCUAUCGACAGCUUGGCGUCAAUUAUGAGCCCUUGUCUGUUAUCAAGCCUGAAUUCGUUAUACCGUUGCCUCCCCUCCGUCCUGCUGUUCACCCGCCUUUUAUGCCAGAAUUACCACACCCUCCUUUGGAACUGUUCGAUAUCGAUGCUGAAAUUGCUUCCCCCAGGACACGCCUCAUACAACUUGCCAAUCAGUGCGUCGAUGAUUCGGACUUAGAAAUCCAUCUACAACGGGCUGCACAAAUCAUUCCGGUGCCUCUCUUGCCUGGAGAAGACAAACUGGCUCAGAACAAAAACCGAUCAGCGAAGAAUAUCCUCUGUUCACUCAUCUAUAGAAUCAUAGAAAUGAAGAUAAAAGAGCCAGUUACAGCAGCGGCUAUGGAUAAACGUGCAAGGGAACAUAAAAGGAACGUCGAUUAG